AUGCCCCCACAAGUCCCAAAAACCGAAUACCCUGUAAUCGAUACUGACCCUCACUUUAAACGUGUAGUUAGAUACUUUCGACCUUCAGAUUACUUAUCAUGGGCCGCCAUCACCGGGUUCGGACCCGCAUUCUACCUAUUCCUAGAGAAGACAGCAAACCAACCUCCUACAAAACGUCUGGGUCUAGUCUUGAAGAUUUGCGCGGGACUUAGUUUCACCGGUGGAUUCAUGUUCGCCUAUCAACGUAGCAGUUGUGAGUAUAUUCCCCCUAUUUUUAAGGUGAAAGUUCGAAAAUCAAACGUUCUCGAUAAUUCAUUCGUUUAUACCACCGUAGUCAGAUUCUGGGGGUGGACCGAGAAUGCCCGUGAAUAUGAAAAAGAUUUAAAGGAGAUGAGGCAAAGGGUGAAAGAAGGAAAACCGUUGUACGGCGAAUCAAGUUUGGACGAUCACAUUCAACACUAUGCGUCGACCUUUUCCAAAUACGCGGCCUUGAAUUUUGCAAGCUUCCCGGUAUUCAACUUUGUCAAUCACAACAGACAUGGAACUGAUACCAGUCGAUAUUAUGAGGGCACUGCAGAAAAAGAUGCGGUGGAAACGACAAGUUAA